AUGGGCAAGGAGAAGACGCACAUCAACAUCGUGGUCAUUGGCCAUGUGGACUCAGGCAAGUCCACCACAACAGGCCACCUCAUCUACAAAUGCGGGGGCAUUGACAAGAGGACCAUUGAGAAGUUUGAGAAGGAGGCGGCUGAGAUGGGCAAGGGCUCCUUCAAGUAUGCCUGGGUGCUGGACAAGUUGAAGGCAGAGCGGGAGCGCGGCAUCACCAUCGACAUCUCGCUCUGGAAGUUUGAGACCACUAAAUACUACAUCACCAUCAUCGACGCCCCGGGCCAUCGCGACUUCAUCAAAAACAUGAUUACCGGCACCUCCCAGGCGGACUGCGCCGUGCUGAUCGUGGCUGCAGGUGUGGGCGAAUUUGAGGCGGGCAUCUCCAAGAACGGGCAGACCCGAGAGCACGCGCUGCUGGCCUACACCCUGGGGGUGAAGCAGCUCAUUGUGGGCGUCAACAAGAUGGACUCCACGGAGCCCGCCUAUAGCGAGAAGCGCUACGACGAGAUUGUUAAGGAGGUCAGCGCCUACAUCAAGAAGAUUGGCUACAACCCAGCCACGGUGCCCUUCGUACCCAUCUCUGGCUGGCAUGGAGACAACAUGCUGGAGCCUUCACCCAACAUGCCGUGGUUCAAGGGCUGGAAAGUGGAGCGCAAGGAGGGGAACGCAAGCGGCGUGUCCCUGCUCGAGGCCCUGGACACCAUCCUGCCCCCCACACGCCCCACCGACAAGCCCCUGCGCCUGCCUCUGCAGGACGUGUACAAGAUUGGCGGCAUUGGCACUGUGCCCGUGGGCCGAGUGGAGACGGGCAUCCUUCGGCCGGGCAUGGUGGUGACCUUCGCACCAGUGAACAUCACCACGGAGGUGAAGUCGGUGGAGAUGCACCAUGAGGCGCUCAGCGAGGCCCUGCCUGGUGACAACGUCGGCUUCAACGUGAAGAACGUGUCCGUCAAGGACAUCCGCCGUGGCAAUGUGUGCGGGGACAGCAAGUCUGACCCCCCUCAGGAGGCUGCACAGUUCACCUCCCAGGUCAUCAUCCUGAACCAUCCAGGGCAGAUCAGCGCCGGCUACUCGCCGGUCAUUGACUGCCACACAGCCCAUAUCGCCUGCAAGUUUGCCGAGCUGAAGGAAAAGAUUGACCGUCGUUCUGGCAAAAAGCUGGAGGACAAUCCCAAGUCCCUCAAGUCCGGCGAUGCAGCCAUUGUGGAGAUGGUGCCUGGGAAGCCCAUGUGUGUGGAGAGCUUCUCGCAGUACCCACCUCUAGGCCGCUUCGCGGUGCGCGACAUGCGGCAGACGGUGGCCGUGGGCGUCAUCAAGAACGUGGAGAAGAAGAGCGGCGGCGCCGGCAAGGUCACCAAGUCGGCGCAGAAGGCGCAGAAGGCGGGCAAGUGA